GAUCUUAGUUCGAUCAAUCUCCAUCCUUCAGUCACUUCCGCAACAACGACAUGCAUAUAUAUAUAGUCUUGCCUGAGAAGAGGUUCUAGCUACUUCUACCUCCAAAACCUCAACAGCUAGCGAUGCAGCAGCAGAGGCGCCUCUCUGUUCUUCUCCUCCUGCUACUGCUUGGGCUGAUCACCACCCAGACCCAGACCCAGCAGCUUCCAGGACUAGUCACGGAGCCGCGCACAUGUGUCCCAAUCGUGUAUGGUGCGCCUUGUGUAGCUGAGGCUGCCCGGAGUCCGUCUCCGCCAUCUCCUCAUCUUGACCGUCCGGAGCACGGGCUGCCGACCACACCAACGCCAAUCGACCAUCAGCCGUUUCCGCCUCCGUCGCCACCGCUGCCGCCUCCAUCGCCACUGCUGCCGCCACCACUGUCGCCACCAUCGCGCUCUGCAGCCGCAGCACCGAGCCGUUUGUCACUGCUCCUCGCCAUCCUGCUUCUUACGGCCGCUACACUCCUUGCUGGCUGACCCUCUUACGUAUGUCACGUGAGCUUGAAAGAAAUAAGUAUGUUGCAGCCAGCCAUUUGAUUUCUUAUAAUGUUAUGUCCUGAAGUGCAGUUAUGUUAACCGCUGCGCCUUGCGGAACUCCUGUUAUUCACGUGAGCUUGAAAGAAAUAAGUACUGUAAUUCAGGUUGUAGAAUUUAUCUCUGCAAACUUUUUGUCGUAUGAUAAGUUGUCAAAAAGGAUCCCGAGGUUCCUGAGCUAAAUUAGGCAUGUAGUUCCUGGCUUGUUAAACUCAAAGUAUUCGUCCACUCGUGUGAUCCAUACGAGGACCGUGAUACGAAUCA